AACGGAUAAACGGAAUAGGAUGUUUUUGGAAAAUCAAAGAGCCGGAUGCGGCAUGCAAUGUACAGUCACCGCACAAUUUUUUUUCUGCCAUAGAAACAUAGAAACAAGCAACUUGUUUGUAUACAAAUAUACGUGUAUGGAAUGAAUAUGUUGUGUGCAUAGUUCAAAACAGUUGGGUAUCGUUUCGUUUCGUUUUGGGGUGUCGUGUCGUGUCGUGUCGAUACACAGGAGCCAUCGCAUGAAUUCAUGCAGCAGCCAGCACACACACACACACACCCAAAAGAAAUAAAAAAGAUCUUUGUUUCUUCUUGGUUCUCCUUGGGGGGGGGAGGUCUCUUUGGCUUUCUGUGUGUAGAUUGCACAGAACCAAUAAAUGUAGUGUGCUAUAGGAGAGAGAGGGAGGAAGGAAGGAAGGGAGGGAUGACGAUCAAGCUGAUCGAGAGACAGCACAGCAUUCCGAUUCCUUUGGGGUCUCCGUGCUGGCGACCAUUGAUGGAACUAUUGUGGGGGUCUGAAUACGAGUGCUGGACUGAGACUGAGACUGGGAAUGGGACCAGCCCUGGUGCCUGGAUUAUAUUAAAAAAAGUAGCAAAAAAAGUAGCAGUCCCGGAGUCUCGGAGUCUCGUGGUCUAUGUAAUAGAACCAAUCCUGGGUGGGCUUAGCUGGAGAGAUGCACGGAUUGGUGGCAAGGUGAGAGAGAGAGAAGGAGGCACGUGAAUGCGAUGGGAUGGGAUACGCGAGAGGGGUCUUCAUGCUCCUUUGCCAACCGCUGGCUGGGAGCGGAGGAGGGCCGAGAACAGGGCGCGUGCAGGAAGAGGGAAGAGGAGGGAGAGAGCGAGAGAGAGUGAGAGAGAGUGAGAGAGAGGAUGUAUGGAGUGUGUGGUGUAGGAAGAGGGAGGAGGAGAACGAGAAGGAGAAGGAGGAGGAGGAGGGAACAC